AUUUUCAGACUCCCCCUGAUUUGUCUGUCCGUACUCGAUGGGGCCACAUUCCUGCUUCUCCACUUCACCCAGUCUCUGUUUCUCGACCAUUGCAGCCACAAAUGGAAGGUGCAUUGCCUCCUCAAGCUAGCCACAGACACUCAAUUGACCAAUCAGUAACUGCCAAUCGGUUCACGGAGUCUUGUACUCCUACAUUAUCAGGGCAGACUGCAGUUCAGGGCAUGUCCGCAAGUGCAAAUGCUGAAUCUGAGAAGAUCGAUACAAUUGAGAGUGAGAAACGAUACAAUAAUGCAAGAUCUGUGAAGAGUCAAUUCUCAAAUAAGAGUUUGCCCACCCAACAAGGUAAUACCACUGGUCGUUAUUAUCAAAGAGGCCACAAAUCACAAAGGAACAAUACAGGAAAUGAAUUGCCUCACCGUAGGAUGGGUUUCUAUGGAAGGGGCGGCGUGGAUAGAAAUUUGCCUGCUGUAAGGAUGAAACAGAUCUACGUGGCUAAACAGACCACAACUGGAAAUCCGUCUACGUGAGCCAGGCGAUUGCGAGUUAUGGUUGUUAGAAGUGCAUUUGCUAUGACUGACACCUGAUUUUGGGGGAUACACGAACCCUGCAGUUUUGGAGCUAUAUAGUAAACAUUUUUCUGAUCUCUUGAAGCCUAUCUGUUGGGUCGUUGUUUUGCAGAGAUCCAUUCUAAAUCUUGCAGUGAAGUUCCUUUCCUCCAUCGUGCUGCUGGUAAAGAAAUAUGUUGUGUCACUGCCAUUCGACACGUUUAAGUCUCUUUUUUAACUUCUUGAAUAUGUAUUGGCUUAUUCUCUUUAGUUAGGAUGCUGUGGUUUUAGUAAGAAAUAUUAUCAUAUGUUAGUACAUUUUUUAAUCUUCAACAUGUUACUAGUCGAAUCAAAGAGCGCCCAAAUUAUCUUUGUUUUUAGAUUAAUGUGAUGACAUCUUUUGGAUUGGAAAUAGAUAACUAAUUCGCCA